AGUCGACUUCGAGGAAAAUUUGGAAAAUGGCCCAUCUGAUAAACAAUGAUGUGUUCCUGGCCUUCUCCACAUAUGCCACCAUUGUCAUCCUCAAAAUGAUACUCAUGUCCUUCCUGACCAUAUACUACAGGCUUACCAGAAAGUCCUUUCCAAAUUGGGAGGACACUGCAGUGGGUAAUAAGAAUCCAGAGGAGAGAAAGAAGUUGCUUCAGACCAAUCCUGAUGUAGAGCGUGUUCGAAGAUGCCAUCAGAAUGACCUGGAAAACAUCAUUCCUUUUGUGGUAAUUGGUCUUCUGUAUGCACUGACGGGGCCGGAUCUCUCCACGGCUCUGUUGCACUUCCGGGUGUUUGUGGGUUCACGUAUCAUCCACACAGUGGCCUACGUGAUGGCUCUGCCACAGCCUAGCAGAGGUCUGGCCUGGAUGGUGGGACUACUCACAACUUUCUCUAUGGCCUACAGGGUGCUUACCACUGCUCUCCAGCUCUAAAGGGUGCACAGCACUGUAGGAUAUAGGACAAAGGACGAGGCCUUUUUUUAAAUAUGUUUUGUAAUUACUGGCUAUAUCUUUUCAUUUUACAUUCUGUGCAGUUUUUAAUAAAGACGGCAACUCUCUAAAAUAAUGUUUCAUUUG